AUGAAUGGUGGUAAUGAUGAUGCAGAUGAAAUGCUGGAUAGUGGCUCGAGCAUAAGCCUUGAGUUGAAUGAAGAAGCUACUACCCAACCAAAUGGAAUAUUAAUCACGCUUGAACCAUCUGCUUUUGAUGAAAACGUUUCAAUUGGUAAUAAAACACAAUGUGGGGUGACAGACAAGGAUAAAAAUGGCGGAAUUGGGUUUCUAGCAAGUGCCAACUUCUCAACCGACUCAAUUGCCAAUUUCUCAACCGACUCAAUUGCCGAUGCUACAAUAUUGGAUAAUAAUAAUAAUAAUAAUAAUAACCUACAAACAAUCAAUGUACAAACGCCCAAAAGAUUUAGCAACUCGCUAUCAAAUCUAUCAUCUUCACCUCAGUUGGCGCCGUCUUCACAAUACUCUUCCCAUUCCGGCCGCUCAAGACCAUUGUCGGCAUUUUUAAUGGACUCUGCUAAUUUCAUAAAGGAGGAUGGUUUAGAGAAUAACGAAGCAGACACCACCGCUUCAUAUGCAAGAAACUCAUUUCUGGGUACCGGUACCAGAUUGGACUACUCACAAUCUCAGCAGCAAUACGCAAUGAUGAAUCCAGAGCAGCUGAGUGGCCAAAACCACCGUUCACCGUCUUCUCCAACAAGAUCAACCUCACCUGUACGAAUCACUCGACAGUAUAGGGCCAAAUCACCAGUGCGAAGGAGUUCUUCGCCAAGGAAGUCGAAACCAUUCAAUUUCCAGCCACAGGAAUUGCUGAUUAACAGUAAUAGCUCUAAUCAGUCGCUACAUGUAAAACCAGCUCACAGGAAAGGUCACAAGUACAAGCACUCGUCAAUUUCAAUGAAUUUAUUUCAGGAACCAUCUCCAGCUUCCAUCACUGAUACUCAGCUAAAGGCUAUACCCGACCUGUACCCAAUUCCAAACUAUAAAGAAGCUUUUUCCUCGAUUACAAAAAAUCAAAAGUUGAGGUUACUAUGGGUUUCUAUUCAUUUUGUAUCAUCUAUUAUUGUUUUCAUUACAGGGUACAAACUAGGACAAAGUUCCUUAUCAACAUUAGCACACUUGAUUUUUUACGACUCCUUGGGGUCCUUAUUUAUUGUUCUUGUGGACGUGAUGGCGAACUUUGAAGUGUGGGGCAAUUCCUCGAUUGCCUAUCCUUUCGGUUUAGAGCGUCUCGAAGUAUUGGUUGGAUUUGGAUUGAGUGCGUCAUUGGUGAUGCUUGGGUUUGAUUUGCUCAGUCAUUUUAUGGAGGAGUUUGUUCUUUCUUGGGUUUCUCAUGAUAAUCAUACAGAACACGAACAUUUGUCGCAUCAUGUGCAUGAAGAAGAUCUGGGCUCGAUAACUAAUGUUUUUGCUUAUGAAACUGUUUUACUAUUCACACUAGUGGUGUCGUUAAUUUCUUCAAAUUUGAUAUUGGCGUACGAUCGGAUUAAUGAAUUAUUGAACUCACCCGAAAAGAAACCGUAUUCAAAUGGUAUGACUCAGAAUGUUUUACUAGAGCAGCAGCAGCAGAAACAACAACAACAACAACAAAAGGAGAUGAAGGAAUGGCGAAUUUUCAAAGUUAUUAGCGCCUGGAGAAAUUAUCCAACGCAUUUGGUCACAAUAACAUAUACCUUGUUUUUGGUAAUUAUACCAUUAGUUCCCGAAACUUUAAUCAAAGAUUUAGCUUAUGACAUGAACAAGUGUGCAACUUUUCUAGUUGCCAGUCUACUAUGCUACAAUGGAUGGAGUCUUGUCAAAUCCCUAGGGGAGAUUUUAUUAUGUGCUUUUCCUUAUUCUGAUUAUCAGUAUAGUAUAAUCAAGUCUAGAAUAAUUGAGCAAAUUUUAGAAUUGGACUAUUUUAGAAAGGAGUACCAUAUUAAGAAAUUGGUUGUGACAAAAUUCAACUACAACUUAUAUGUUAUUGGUGUAUCAAUCGAAAUGAAAGGAGCCGAUACUGAUGAAGAAGCCAGAAUGAGGUUUGCUGUUAAUAAAGUGAUUAGAAAUGAAAUCAAAGGAUUAGAAAACGGACUCAGAGAGUUGAAUCUAGAGACUACUAUAACUAUUGAUAGAUUCUAA